CACGGCCAUCUCGCUCUUCGAUUCCAACCACCUCCCCGCCUCUCUCUCUCCCUCACUCGCCCCUUGCUUGCGUUCAGAUCUUUGAUUUCGUUCCCUAGUUCUUCCACAAAUCCCUCAACUUAUGCUCUCUUCUCCCUCUUUCGCCUGAAGGCAAAUCGCAGUGAUCCAUUCUCUUGUAAUAUAUAGAGAAGUGAAGAAGAGAAAGAAGAAAAACAAUAACCAAUGGCUCCAUACAAACCAAAGAACAUCCUCAUUACUGGAGCAGCUGGAUUCAUUGCGUCUCAUGUGGCAAACCGCCUGGUUCGCAGCCAUCCUGAGUACAACAUCAUAGUACUUGAUAAGCUUGACUACUGCUCCAACCUGAAGAAUCUCCUUCCUUCCCAUGGCUCCCCAAACUUCAAGUUUGUCAAGGGUGAUAUUGGUAGUGCAGACCUUGUUAACUUCCUCCUCAUCACUGAAUCUAUCAACACUAUAAUGCAUUUUGCUGCUCAGACUCAUGUCGACAACUCCUUUGGAAACUCCUUUGAGUUCACCAAGAACAAUAUCUAUGGUACUCAUGUUCUCCUUGAGGCAUGCAAGGUCACAGGCCAGAUCACAAGGUUCAUCCAUGUUAGCACUGAUGAGGUUUAUGGAGAGACUGACGAGGAUGCUGUUGUUGGCAACCAUGAGGCUUCACAGCUGCUACCUACUAAUCCAUACUCUGCCACAAAAGCUGGUGCUGAGAUGCUUGUGAUGGCUUAUGGGAGAUCUUAUGGCCUACCGGUCAUUACCACUCGAGGGAACAAUGUUUAUGGACCGAACCAGUUCCCAGAGAAGCUCAUUCCUAAGUUCAUCCUCUUGGCAAUGAGAGGCCAGACUCUUCCAAUUCAUGGUGAUGGAUCCAAUGUCAGGAGUUACCUCUAUUGUGAGGACGUUGCUGAGGCUUUUGAGGUCAUCCUUCACAAAGGAGAAGUUGGUCAUGUUUAUAAUAUUGGGACAAAGAAGGAGAGGAGUGUGCUUGAUGUUGCGAGAGAUGUCUGCAAACUCUUCUCUCUGGACCCUGAGGCUGCUAUUAAAUUUGUGGAAAACAGGCCUUUCAAUGACCAGAGGUACUUUUUGGAUGAUCGGAAGCUGGAGAACUUGGGCUGGACACCGAGGACCCAAUGGGAGGACGGACUCAAGAAAACAAUGGAAUGGUAUACAAGGAAUCCUGACUGGUGGGGUGAUGUUAGUGGGGCACUUCUGCCUCAUCCAAGGAUGCUGAUGAUGGCUGGGAUAGAAGGACACCUCCAUGGCUCUGAAGAGAUCAAGGCUAUGGUCUUUAAAGCAUCAAAAGCUGUUGUUUCAAAUGACACUUCUGGCUCUUCUCCUAAUAAUUCCUUGAAGUUCCUGAUAUAUGGGAAGACUGGAUGGAUCGGCGGCCUUCUUGGGAAGAUAUGUGAGAAGCAAGGGAUAGCAUAUGAAUAUGGAAAGGGUCGCCUUGAGGAGUGUUCUCAGCUCGUGUUGGAUAUUCAGAAUGUGAAACCUACUCAUGUCUUCAAUGCUGCCGGGGUGACUGGCAGGCCAAAUGUUGACUGGUGUGAAUCACACAAACCAGAGACAAUCCGCACUAAUGUUGUUGGUACAUUGACUUUGGCAGAUGUCUGCAAGCAGCAUGGUUUGUUAAUGAUCAAUUAUGCCACUGGCUGCAUAUUUGAGUAUGAUGCUGAUCAUCCUGAAGGGUCAGGUAUUGGUUUCAAGGAGGAAGACAAGCCCAAUUUUACCGGUUCAUUCUAUUCAAAGACGAAAGCUAUGGUUGAAGAGCUACUGAAAGAAUAUGAAAAUGUCUGCACUCUUCGAGUUCGUAUGCCGAUAUCCUCAGAUCUUGGCAACCCACGCAACUUCAUCACUAAGAUCUCGCGGUACAACAAAGUUGUGAAUAUUCCAAACAGUAUGACGGUCUUGGAUGAACUUCUCCCCAUUUCUGUGGAGAUGGCGAAAAGAAACUGCAGGGGGAUAUGGAAUUUCACCAACCCUGGUGUCAUUAGCCACAAUGAGAUUCUUGAGAUGUACAAGGCCUAUAUCAACCCCGGCUUUGAGUGGACCAACUUUACUCUGGAAGAGCAAGCCAAAGUCAUUGUUGCACCUCGGAGCAAUAAUGAGAUGGAUGCUUCAAAACUGAAGGCUGAGUUUCCCGAGUUACUAUCGAUCAAGGACUCACUGAUUAAGUAUGUUUUUGAACCUAACAAAAACAGCACCACCGGAGGGGAAGCUAAAUAAAAUCAAGCUAAUCACAAUUCAAAUCAGAACUAACCAUUGCAUUUCAUUCUUUGUAUCGGAGUCUUUCCACGACUACAUGCCAUGACAACAACUUGCUUAGGUUGGGAAAUUCUUUAUUCAAUUUUGCAUUAGUCUGUUUUUUGUUCCCUACAAAUUUUUAUUUAGUUGGCCAGUAUAUUUAGUGGCCCUUUCUAGCACAUUUAUAGUUAUCUUGAGUUCCUAUACAUGAAGGGCUGCAUCAUUUGAAAAUUCAACAUUUAAUUCUUGUAUUCAUCUGUUAUAUGUUAUUAUUCUUAUUUUUCUAUUCUAUACCAUGUAACCUUUGUGACUGGCCGGACAAUAAUAUGCUUUG